CGACGACACGCCCCCCGAAAAAUCUUGCGCGCACUGAUGACGUAGGCACAGCGUCUUCUACUGAAAAUAAAAACAGGAGCUUAUACAAGCAUCAGAAACAGCACAGUCAUGAACUGGAACAAAGGUGGCUCGGGUGUGAAGCGAGGAUUUGGGUUUGGAGGAUUUUCCCUUGCAGGGAAAAAAGAAGAAUCCCACCUUCCCCAGAAAUCUCACACAUCAUUUGGAGCCACUGGAUCAAGUGGGGGAUAUGGGAAGAGCCAGCAGCUUCCAUCAUUCUACAAAAUAGGGACAAAAAGAGCUAAUUUUGAUGAGGAAAAUGCGUAUUUUGAAGAUGAUGAAGAGGAGUCCAGCAGCAGUGUGGACCUGCCGUACAUCCCCGCGGAGAACUCGCCCACUCGGCAGCAGAUGCAGCGUGGCGGUGGCUCAGACAGUGAGGAUGACCCACUUGAUGCCUUCAUGGCAGAGGUUGAGGACCAAGCAGCGAAAGACAUGAGGAAACUAGAAGAAAAGGAAAAGGAGAAAAAGUCAACCAAGGGUAUUCGUGAUGACAUUGAAGAAGAAGAUGAACAAGAAGCCUACUUCCGCUACAUGGCAGAGAAUCCCACAGCUGGGCUGACCCAAGAGGAAGAGGAGGAGAACAUUGACUAUGACAGUGAUGGGAACCCAAUCCCCUCUACCACCAAGAAAAUCAUCAUGCCACUUCCCCCCAUUGACCACUCUGAGAUUGAUUACCCACCCUUUGAGAAAAACUUCUACAAUGAGCACGAGGAGCUCAGCAGCCUGACUGGAACUCAGGUGCUGGAGUUAAGGCAGAAAUUGAACUUGAGGGUAUCUGGUGCUGCUCCUCCAAAACCAUGUACCAGCUUUGCCCACUUCGGUUUUGAUGAGCAGCUAAUGCACCAGAUUCGCAAGUCCGAAUACACCCAGCCUACACCAAUUCAGUGCCAGGGUGUUCCCAUAGCUCUGUCCGGACGUGACAUGAUUGGUAUUGCAAAAACUGGCAGUGGCAAAACCGCAGCUUUUAUCUGGCCCAUGCUGGUUCAUAUCAUGGACCAAAAGGAGCUGGAGGCUGGAGAGGGGCCCAUCGCGGUUAUCGUGUGUCCCACCAGAGAGCUUUGUCAGCAGAUUCAUGCUGAAUGUAAGCGUUUUGGGAAAGCCUACUCGUUGCGUUCAGUGGCGGUUUAUGGAGGAGGCAGCAUGUGGGAGCAGGCCAAGGCUCUGCAGGAGGGAGCAGAGAUAGUAGUGUGCACUCCGGGUCGUCUGAUUGACCAUGUUAAGAAGAAGGCCACAUCCCUGCAGAGAGUGACAUACCUGGUGUUCGAUGAGGCAGAUCGCAUGUUUGAUAUGGGCUUCGAAUAUCAGGUUAGAUCUAUUGCCAGCCAUGUCCGCCCAGACAGGCAGACUCUUUUGUUCAGCGCUACUUUUAGAAAGAAGAUAGAGAGGCUGGCCAGAGACAUUUUGGUAGAUCCAAUUCGUGUGGUGCAGGGAGACAUCGGAGAGGCCAAUGAAGAUGUGACACAGGUGGUGGAGCUACUGCUCAACGGAACAGAUAAAUGGGGCUGGCUGACACGCCGACUGGUCGAGUUCACCUCCACUGGCUCAGUCCUCAUCUUUGUCACCAAGAAGUCCAACUGUGAGGAACUGGCUACUAACCUGACACAGGAGGGAUACAGCCUUGGUCUCCUGCAUGGAGACAUGGAUCAGAGUGAGAGGAACAAGGUCAUCACUGACUUCAAGAAGAAGAAUUUGCCCGUUCUGGUUGCCACUGAUGUCGCUGCUCGUGGUCUGGACAUCCCAUCCAUUCGCACAGUGGUGAACUACGACGUGGCCCGAGACAUCGAUACACACACACACAGGAUUGGUCGAACUGGUCGUGCUGGAGAGAAAGGUGUGGCGUACACUCUUCUCACCAGCAAAGACACAUCAUUCGCUGGUGACCUUGUGAGGAAUCUGGAGGGAGCCAACCAGGGUGUUUCCAAAGAACUAAUGGAUUUAGCCAUGCAGAAUCCAUGGUUUAGGAAAUCUCGAUUCAAGAGUGGUAAAGGAAAGAAGCUCAAUAUUGGUGGCGGUGGUCUUGGAUACAGAGAGAGACCAGGCCUGGGGGCUGAAAGUUCAGAACGCGGCAGCUUGUUGUCUUCCACUAGUAGCUAUGAGAGCUACAGCAAACCCACCACUGGUGCAAUGGGAGAUCGCAUGUCUGCAAUGAAACAAGCCUUUCAGGCUCAGUAUAAAAGUCACUUUGUGGCUGCGUCCAGCGGAUCUCCAAAGCUCAGCGGGAAGUCUAGCGGUUCGUCAGGCUGGACCAGCGCCGGCAGCCUGAAUUCUAUACCGACGGAGUCUCAAGAUGGGUCAGAACGGUCCCACAGUGCCACCUUGUCGCUGUCUGGCUUCACCAGUGCCGGCACCCUGAGCUCAGUACCCACCAGUCAAACCAGUUUGCAGCACAGCUUCCCUCCACCUGCAUCGCUGUCACCGAAAGACAGCUCACGGGACAGACAUGGGGAAGACCGGGGACGCCAUGGAGACAGUCACCACCGCCACAGCGAAAGAAGCGAUCGGCACACCGGUGAGGACCGUUAUGGAGAUCGGGAUCGCCAUGGGGACAGGGACCGUGACCGCUUCGGAGACCGGGAUCGCUACAACAGCAGCCGCCACAGCGACAGUCAUAACGGAGAUGGAAGCAGGAGGGACCGAGAUGAUCGGAGGAGCGACAGGGAAGGGGGAGACAAAGGGAGUGGCGAGAAGAGGGACAGAGGAGAUGAUCAUUUUGCUGUCCCUGAACCACCAAAACGUAGAAAGAGCAGGUGGGACAACUAAAGAAAAAACAAAACACAUGCAUCAGUAUAGUGACCAGUGAAACCAGUUGGUCCAUCACAAGCUUGUCUGGUGUGUAAGCAAGUGGCAGAGCAUAUCAGAGACUGACACAAGCACAUGACUGCAGGGGGGAUGUAUUGUGGAUGCUAAAUAAAUGGAAAGUAUACUGACACUACAGUCAGGUUGGUUGGGGCCUCUUCCUGUAGCCAGAGUUCAGUUGCAUUUGUCUGAUAGAUCAGCACGAGGAGCUCAGAGACAGCCACUGUAUAUACACCAUCAAAACUGUUAUUGUAAGUCCACAGGAUCAAACAAUAGUGCUGCAAUGAAUCCUGCUGUCAGAAAACUAUUUCAGUUAGGGUGUGGUGGAUGUUGUCUUCUUUCUUUUACCUGAGCUCCUAACAUGCUUUUGUGCUUGCAAACCUGAUUCUUUAUUUUUUCCUAAGGGAUCAUUGCCAAGUGUUUUGUGGUUUUUUUUCUUUUUUUAGUCUACAGAGUUGACUCUUAAAUCUGUUUGACUAUGAUAAUUCACAGUGACACAAAUACAUGUAAAAAUCGCAUAUAACUCUUGUACUGUCUUGUGGUUGUUUUAGUGAAGUGCCUUUCUGUGGCAUUUAGUCUGUCGAUGGUUUUGAAAUAUUUUCCAGGAAGAUGCAUUUGUUUGUUGGAGAGGGAUUUCAAGUGUUCAUUCACAAAUGGAAAUGUGAAGUUUUGAUUAAAAAGACUUAUUCGACAUCCAAAUGUAUGUUUUCUGUGAUGAUCUAUAUAUACUAUUUCUGCUAAAAAAAACAAACAAACAAACACAGGUGUUGUCUU